AUGCCAGCUAUACAACUAAAUUUGACGUGGACUCGGAGCGGCAGGUUCAAUUUCACCACUAGAAGAUCGUACGCAAAUGUUGCCAGUUUGAAGCGCACUGCACAAGCUCGAAUAUCAGCAAUAGAGCGAACAAACCCGUUCCGCACUGCUCUCGUAGAUUCCUUCCAGAGGAGGCAUGAUUACCUGAGGAUUUCCAUAACGGAACGGUGCAACCUGCGAUGCUUCUAUUGUAUGCCUGAAGAAGGCGUAGAACUUACACCAAGUGCCAAUCUGUUGACGAAUGAAGAGAUAUUACGUCUGGCCGAAUUAUUCGUGAAGGCGGGAGUGACGAAGAUUAGAUUGACCGGUGGAGAGCCGACUGUUCGUAAAGGAGUUCUGGAUAUCAUCGCUGGUCUAGAUCAAUUGCAACAGUUCGGUUUAACUUCGAUUGCAAUGACGAGCAAUGGCAUAGCAUUACAUCGACGGCUCCCAGAUUUUAUUGACAACGGAUUGACACACCUCAAUCUAAGUCUUGACACCCUUGAUCCAUUCAAAUUUGAAUUCAUGACCAAACGAAGGGGACAUGAGGCCGUUUUGAAGACAUUGGAAACCGCGUUGUCGUCACCAAAACUCCAAGCCGUGAAAAUGAAUGUUGUGGUCGUGAAGGGACUCAAUGAUGGCGAGGUUCUCGAUUUUAUUGAGCUGACAAAGGAUGCUCCUCUGUCGGUUCGGUUCAUUGAGUUCAUGCCAUUCACAGGGAACAAUUGGGACAAGAAAAAGAUGGUACCGUCAUCCGUUCUGUUGGAUCAUAUAAUUGAUAAGUAUCCAACUGUUGCCCGGAUAUCGGACGAAGUGAACGACACCGCACGUUCUUGGAAGGUUCCUGGUUACAGCGGCUCUUUUGGAUUCAUUAGCAGCAUGUCAGAUCACUUCUGUUCUUCCUGCAACAGGUUGCGCAUCACAGCGGAUGGCCAAAUCAAGGUCUGUUUGUUCGAUGACAAGGAAGUAUCACUUCGAGAUGCGCUGCGAAAUGGUGCCACGGAUGGCAGCUUGAUGCAAAUAAUAGGACAGGCAGUGUUCGGAAAGCAGGAGAAGCACGUUCAGAUGGAAGACAUAAACGUUACAACGAAUCGACCCAUGAUCCUAAUAGGUGGUCUGAAGCGGAAUAUCCAGCAUGUAAAUUAUAGCGUGCUUCGACGCAAACACCUCCUGCAUUCGUGCACAACCUCUCAGUUACACACCAAAUCAUUCACCGCUCUGCAUCUCAAUCACGCUGUGGCAUAUUCUACACAAAGAUCGAGGUUGACCCACCUCGACGACUCUGGACGCCCUAAGAUGGUGGAUGUCUCCAAUAAACCUGACACGAAACGACAGGCCACGGCUAUUGGUCGUAUUUAUAUUCCACCCGUCGCGUAUGAUCUAAUCACCUCGACUCACGACUCACCUAACAAAACUUCUAAUCCCCUCGAUGCGAACGCCAGAAAAGCCUUACAAAAAGGCGACGUGUUGACCGUAGCUCAGCUUGCUGCCAUAAUGGGCUCCAAACGGACUUCAGAACUUAUUCCAUUAUGUCAUCCGCUUCCUUUGUUGAACGCCGCCGUGACAUUGGCACCUGAGCUUCGCACAGACUCUACAGGGGUCUCCCGCCAUAGCAUUGUAUGUCGUGCGACCAUCACAUGUGAAGGAAAGACCGGUGUGGAAAUGGAAGCCCUCACGGCCGUGUCCGUCGGGCUGUUGACGGUCUGGGACAUGCUCAAAGCCGUCGCUGGGAAGGAGAUGAUUAUUGGUGACAUUUUGGUGGCCGAUAAAUCCGGCGGGAAAAGUGGCGAUUUUCACAGAUCAGAAUGA